UGAUCCUAGCUAGUUGCUGCCACCGGUGACCUCCGACGCCCCGGGCAAGAGAACGCCACGAGGGAUAACGGGAGGAAGGCCGGGGCAGCCAAGGCAGUCCCAGGCUCGCGUAGGAGGCGCGCAGACCAGACAGGGGCAUCUUGCACCUUCGCGGCGCCCUGCACCCUGCCACCAUGUGCGAGCUGUACAGUAAGCGGGACACUCUGGCGCUGAGGAAGAAGCACAUAGGGACCUCAUGCAAAGUUUUCUUUGCGUCGGAUCCCAUCAAAAUAGUGAGAGCCCAGAGGCAGUACAUGUUUGAUGAGAACGGUGAACAGUACUUGGACUGCAUCAACAAUGUUGCCCAUGUGGGACACUGUCACCCAGGAGUGGUCAAAGCUGCCCUGAAACAGAUGGAACUGCUAAAUACAAAUUCUCGAUUCCUCCACGACAACAUUGUUGAGUAUGCCAAGCGCCUUUCAGCAACUCUGCCGGAGAAACUCUCUGUUUGUUAUUUUACAAAUUCAGGAUCAGAAGCCAACGACUUAGCCUUACGCCUGGCUCAGCAGUUCAGAGGCCACCAGGAUGUGAUCACUCUUGACCAUGCUUACCAUGGUCACCUAUCAUCCUUAAUUGAGAUUAGCCCAUAUAAGUUUCAGAAAGGAAAAGAUGUCAAAAAAGAAUUUGUACAUGUGGCACCAACUCCAGAUACUUACAGAGGAAAAUAUAGAGAAGACCAUGCAGACCCAGCCAGUGCUUAUGCAGAUGAAGUGAAGAAAAUCAUUGAAGAUGCUCAUAACAGUGGAAGGAAGAUUGCUGCCUUUAUUGCUGAAUCCAUGCAGAGUUGUGGCGGACAAAUAAUUCCUCCAGCAGGCUACUUCCAGAAAGUGGCAGAAUAUGUACAUGGUGCAGGGGGUGUGUUUAUAGCUGAUGAAGUUCAAGUGGGCUUUGGCCGAGUUGGGAAACAUUUCUGGAGCUUCCAAAUGUACGGUGAAGACUUUGUUCCAGACAUCGUCACAAUGGGAAAACCGAUGGGCAACGGCCACCCGGUGGCAUGUGUGGUAACAACCAAAGAAAUUGCAGAAGCCUUCAGCAGCUCUGGGAUGGAAUAUUUUAAUACGUAUGGAGGAAAUCCAGUAUCUUGUGCUGUUGGUUUGGCUGUCCUGGAUAUAAUUGAAAAUGAAGACCUUCAAGGAAAUGCCACGAGAGUAGGGAAUUAUCUCACUGAGUUACUGAAAAAACAGAAGGCUAAACACACUUUGAUAGGAGAUAUUAGGGGCAUUGGCCUUUUUAUCGGAAUUGAUUUAGUGAAGGACCAUCUGAAAAGGACCCCUGCCACAGCUGAAGCUCAGCACAUCAUCUACAAGAUGAAAGAAAAACGAGUGCUUCUCAGUGCCGAUGGACCUCAUAGAAAUGUACUUAAAAUAAAACCACCUAUGUGCUUCACUGAAGAAGAUGCAAAGUUUAUGGUGGACCAACUUGAUGGGAUUCUAACAGUUUUAGAAGAAGCCAUGGGAACCAAAACUGAAAGUGUGGCCUCUGAGAAUACUCCACACAAAACAAAGAUGCAGAAAGAAGCUCACGUAGAACUGCUUAGGGACAGCACCACUGACUCCAAAGAAAAUCCCAGCAGAAAGAGAAAUGGAAUGUGCACGGAUACACAUUCACUGCUCAGUAAGAGGCUCAAGACAUGAAUGAUUUGCAUUUUAAAGCAAGAUGCAAUGUCCAGAGUUAUAGAGAAUGAGUAGAUGUGUCUCAUCGGUUAAUAGCUCUACUGUACCUCUAAAGGUGGAAUUGUCAGUUUAGAUUCAUAAAUGAAAAGGUAAAUGAGUAAUCAGAAUAAACCAAGUGAUCAAACCACAUCAAGAUUAUUAGUUCAGACUCUAGCCUGUUAAUUUUCUUACUUGAAGUUUCUGAAGCUACCUGAUUUAUUCUAUUAAAUGUAAGCUUGCAAACUCAAAAUAAGUUGGCAGAUUUACCUCUCAUGUUUUAAUGUUUCAAAUUAGAGAGAAAAGUAUAACAGGUUCCUUCACUUUGGAGACUUAGUGCCUUAAAAUAUGUAUUCUAUAAUGAUUUCAUAUAUAAAAGUAUAUUUAUUGACUGUAAUAAAAUAAAAUAUGAUG